AUGGCAAGUUGUGGUGACUUUAUUAAAAGUCAAUUUCCGCUAAUUGAUGAUGAGCUGAAGAAAUAUGUUGAAGAUGUACUAGAAGGAAGUGCUGGUGAAUUUGAAGAUACAGAAGAGGUGUAUGAAGCUGUAGGAGAGGUAUUACAAGGUAUUUCUGAAAAGUCAGAAAAAGAUAUCAGGGAUAUAUGUGAACAGUUGUUACAUAUGUUACAACCCGAAAAAACCAAUAGCAGUAAUGGUCUAAGAAAAGUAUUAGAUGCACCAAUCCAUUUAGCUUCCAUGACAUCAACUGUUCCUGAAAAUGAUGAUCUCAAAAGUAUAUGGCUGCAAACAAGAGAUGAUAGCUUAAAAGUAGAUGCACGGAAAUUAGAAAAAGCAGAAGCAAAAUUGCAACAGAAGCAACAAAAACAAAAGGAAAACAAGGUUCCAGUGUCUGCCCCAGUUCUGCAAACGGCUACAGCUUCCCAAGUUACUUCAAAGAAAGACAGUAAAUUAGAAGCUAAAGGAACUAAUAGAACACAAGAUAUUAGAAUAGAAAAUUUCGACAUUGCGUAUGGUGACAGAGUUUUAUUACAAGGCGCAGAUCUGGUUCUUGCAUUUGGUCGUCGUUAUGGACUCGUUGGAAGAAACGGCUUGGGCAAGACAACACUCCUUAGAAUGAUCUCAGCAAAACAACUUAAGAUUCCGUCUCACAUCUCCAUUCUCCAUGUAGAACAGGAAGUAGUUGGCGAUGACACAAUAGCCUUACAGAGUGUUCUUGAAUGUGACAUAGUAAGAGAAAGUUUAUUGAAAAGAGAAAAGGAAAUCACCUUAGCAAUAAAUAAUGGAUCAACAGAUACAAAUCUUUCAUCAGAACUUAGUGAAAUUUAUGUGCAAUUGGAGAACAUAGAAGCCGACAAGGCACCAGCAAGGGCAUCUAUAAUAUUGAGCGGUCUCGGGUUUACACCUGAAAUGCAGGCUCGGGCGACGAAAACUUUUUCAGGAGGUUGGAGAAUGAGGCUAGCACUCGCCAGGGCUCUGUUUUCCAAACCUGAUCUUUUGCUUCUCGACGAGCCGACGAACAUGUUGGACAUAAAGGCUAUCAUUUGGUUAGAGAACUACCUUCAGAACUGGCCUACUACGUUACUGGUGGUAUCGCACGACCGGAACUUCUUGGACACAGUACCCACAGAUAUUCUACACUUACACACACAGAGAAUAGACACAUACAGGGGUAAUUAUGACCAAUUCCACAAGACGAAGACUGAGAAGCACAAGAAUCAGCAGCGCGAGUACGAAGCGCAGCAGCAGCACCGAGCACACACUCAAGAGUUCAUCGACCGGUUCCGAUAUAACGCGAACCGUGCCUCUUCAGUGCAGAGCAAGAUAAAGAUGCUGGAUAAACUUCCAGAGUUGAAGCCAGUUGAAAAGGAGGUGGAUGUGGUUCUCCGGUUUCCGGAGACGGAGCCACUCUCGCCGCCCAUCCUGCAGCUCAACGAGGUCGGCUUCUACUACUCGAAGGAUAAGGUCAUAUUUUCCAACGUCAAUCUCGGCGCCACUCUCGAAUCCAGGAUAUGCAUCGUGGGUGACAAUGGUGCCGGCAAGACUACAUUGUUAAAGAUAAUAAUGGGCAUUCUGUCGCCCACGAGUGGUAUACGGAGCGUGCACCGAGGCCUUAAGUUCGGCUACUUCUCACAGCAUCACGUCGACCAGCUGGAAAUGAACGUCAACUCUGUGGAAUUGCUGCAGAGGAGUUACCCAGGCAAAUCUAUCGAAGAAUACAGAAGACAGUUAGGCAGUUUCGGCGUAAGCGGCGACCUGGCACUGCAGACCAUAGCGAGUUUAUCGGGAGGGCAGAAGUCGCGGGUGGCGUUCGCGCGCAUGUGUAUGGGCAACCCCAACUUCCUGGUGCUCGACGAACCCACCAAUCAUCUGGACAUCGAAACCAUCGAGGCGUUGGGGAAGGGGAUCAAUAAGUAUACGGGAGGAGUUAUUCUUGUAUCUCACGACGAAAGGUUAAUAAGGAUGGUAUGCAAAGAGCUAUGGAUCUGUGGAAACGGUUCUGUCACUAGUAUAGAGGGUGGAUUCGACGAGUACCGCAAGAUAGUUGAGCGGGAACUGGAGGCGCAAAACAAGUAG